ACGCCAAGAAUACAUUUUUUUUUCUCUCCGGUGGACCGGAGCGGGAUCACCGUGCGGAUCUCCCCGACCGGAAGUGCAUGAAGGACGGCGAGAGCGCGGGAGGAGAGUUCGCUUGAACGCUCCCUUCUGGAACUUGAAUUAAAAACGUCACAAACCAGGACAGCAAGCCAUCUUUUUCAAACGGGGAGAGUGGCGACCUCGCAGACAUGAGACCCAACGCGUCCGAGAUGUCGUGGGAGGAGUCUUCGGGUGCGGACGCCUUCUUGUCGCCGGACCACCGGGGGGGCCACCCGCCCGUCCGGGAAUCGCCGGCGGUGACGGCGUGGGGCGUGGUCCUGUGCGUGUCGGGCACCGCGAUCACGGCCGAGAACGCGGUGGUGGUCACCGCCAUCCUGGCCACGCCGUCGCUGCGCGCCCCCGUCUUCCUGCUUCUGGCCAGCCUGGGCCUGGCAGACCUACUGGCGGGCGUGGCUCUGGUGGCCCGCUUCCUGUUCUGCCUGGCACCCAGCGAUUGGUCCGAGUUGGUGACGUCGGGUCUGCUUGUGACUUCGUUGAGCGCCUCGCUGUGCAGCCUGAUGGGUGUCGCCCUGGACCGCUACCUCUCUCUGAGCCACGCCCUCACUUACGGCUCGGGGCGAUCUCGGCGGCGCGCCGCCUUUCUCCUGCUCCUGGUGUGGGUGGGCGCCUGCGCUAUGGGCGCCGGCCCCGCCAUGGGGUGGCACUGCCUGGACGAGCCGGCUUCCUGCUCGGUGGCGCCGCCCCUCACUCGGACGUACCUGUCGCUGCUGUGCGGCGGCUUUCUGGCGGCGGUGGCAGUCACCCUGCAGCUGUACGCCGGGAUCUGCCGGGUGGCGCGGCGCCACGCCCACGCCAUCGCCACCCAGAGGCACUUCCUGCCCUCCGGCCAGUCGUACGCCGGCAAGUACGGCAGCGGCCGGGGGUUCUCGCGCUUGGUGCUGGUUCUAGGAGUCUUUGUGGGUUGUUGGAUGCCUUUCUCGCUGUGGGGGCUGCUGGGUGACGCGUCCAGUCCGCCACUGUACACCUACGCCACCCUGACGCCCGCCGCCUUUAGCUCCCUUCUUAACCCGCUACUCUACAGCCUGAGGAACAAAGACAUACGCAAGGUUCUGCUGCAGGCCUGCUGCCCCCGCAGACAUGCCGCCCAAAUGCACUGCCCCGAAGAUGUGUAGGUCCCUACCACAACUCAAUCAUGAGGAACUUUGGGACAGAAUCCUAAGUCUGGGAACAGGAAAUCCAGACUGGGGGGGAGAAGAUGGCAGUUCCAAGGGAAUAAUCAUGGAUCGAAACAAAAAAAAACAAAAAACAAAAAAAGAUUUUGGGAGAAAAGAAUCCUGGAUCUGGAGAAUCAAAUCCUGGUUUCCUGCAUUUUCUCUUCUCCCACCUGGAUUAAAUCCACAGCAACUUUAUGGCAUCAUUAAAUUGGACGUUUUGCUGAAAGAAAAUGCUGUUCCUUUCCUCCAAACCAAUAUGAAGGUUGUUGACUUCAUCCAUUUCGAAGAAACUGAAAAUUAGUCAAGGAAAAGCCAUCAUUUCGCUGUAAAUCCAGGGACCCCCCCCCCCCCCCCCCCUUUGUAAUUCUUCCUCACGUAAAUUCAGACCUAUGCAGGGGUCAAAUACCCCCUAAACACACAUCGUUUGGCCUUGAAGGUCCACGUUCUCGAGAGUGAAUCGGUUUUUGAUGUUUGAUGUAAUUUUUGUGCAAUUCUGCCAUGAAACGCCAAUAAAAAUGAAACCGCCUCCUUGGGGGAGGUAAUAAUAAAAUGACAACCCCCUUUCACGCCGGCUACUUCCACCAUACUUCGUAUAAGUUACCGACACCAGGUGGCAUCCCCUGCAUCAGAGUCGUUCCGGAGGUGGGCGGCGAGAAGUUUAACAGCGGACACUCACCGGCCGCAUCACUUUGCGUUGAAAGCAAUUAUCCCUCGACUUUUAAUGAUCUCAAUGCAAACGGUUGCUGAAUUGUCGCCACCGUCGAAAAUAUCUGAACGUCAAGAGUCCGCAUCGGCUGUGUGAAAGAAAUUGUUGCUGUUACCGCCUGGCAUCUAUCUAAUGAUCUGAAUGGCAAGAAGCCGCCGCGGCUGUGGGAACGCGCAAUUCGGCGAGUUCUGUCUGAUAGGAACGGCCGAAUAAAUGCCAGAGUUUAAGCUUCUGAUGCAAAUUAGCCAGCGUGAAAGGGGCCUUUGAGAGUUAAAAUGAAUGCUUUCCAUGUUUUUUUUUCAUCGUAAACGUGGACAAUUUCCUUUUAUAUAUAUAAAAAAAAAAAAAAAAUGUCCUGGAUCCGCAUCCAAAGUUUCAUCGGAAUUGUUUGGAGUCACAUCUGGAGAGGAAUGAAGUGUUUUAUAUUCAUCAGAAAAGGGGAAUUAUCUUUUCAGCAUACGGGGCCGCCCGCAGACACAACUCAAUCUAUGCCAGACGUGCGCUCAACACAAAGUAGCGCUCGGAGCGUGAAAUCUUUCACUCUCCCACUUGAAAGCAGCACUUUUUUUUUUUAACCAGGACGUGAGGUCCUCCCUUAUCGUCCUCAUCAGAACGUUCUGAACUGUCCUGGCCGCCGGCCAUGUUGGAGGAACUCCCACUGCUACCAGACUUGUUUGUGCCUCCCUGCCAACAAUCAGCCCACUUGUAGCUGCACGGGAUCCCGCCCAGUGAAAACAAUCAGCCGCUCGUAAAUACGAGCGGAUUUAAAUGACAUUUGUGCGUUUAUGGAGAGAGGGAAAAAAAACAAAGUCAUGUUGAGUUAAUUGGAUCCAAAGGCUUAAUAAUAAUAACAUGAUGUACUUGAAAUGUGUGCUAAAAACACAAUGUUCCAAU